AUGUUUUCAGCCUUAAGUCUGCAUGAGACGGCAUACAUUCCGACGGCGUUGCCGCCUGUGAGCAUUGUGAGCAGUCGCAGGUCCAAAAGAGUAUGGAACAGACUCCAGCGACUCCAGGCUGUGGCCAUAGCCGCGCCCAGGGCAUGUCGCAAAAUCCGCAGAAGAGCUCAGUCCGAAACUCUUUGGGUCAAUCUUCUGAAACAUUCUGCAAACAAACUUAACGAACUUAGUGAAGAUUGGAAGAAGUUGGAAGUAGAUGCAUGCAAAGUUGAGAUUGACCAGCUUCAAUCCGAUGAAGAAUCCUUUCGGGAGUUGCUGAAAAGAUGUCCUUGGGGUGAUCCAAGCACAACAGCUUUCGCGCCACAACGUGUUUCCCGCGAUGUUGUCGUCUCUUCUCAUGGCCUGGCAACCCGUGCCAUAGUCGAAUGCGAGUUGUCACGUGCCUUUUGGGAGCUUCGAAGGGUAACUGCCAGCGAUGACUCAAACGCCGAAGAGCAGGGAAAGCAGGUGCGUAUUUUGUCCAAAGCGGCAAUCCAUCACUUGCGGCUUCUGGAAAUUGAAAAGGCACAUGCCUGCUUGACCAGAGCUUACAGCUUGAGCUGUUCAUGGUCUCCAUUGGAUGGCGGUAACUUUGAUGUGGGUUUCCUGGAAUAUACAACCAAGCUGGUGGCGGCAAAAUCUUUCAAAUUCCCAGCCGCAGCCAAGUGCUCGGAAUUGGAGUUGAUCCGCCAGCGCCUUCGCGAAGUGAAGUACACAGAGGCCAAGGUGCUCUCCGCAUGUGGUGCCUUGUCGCUAUCACAACUUUCUCGGGGCUCAAUGACGCAGCAAUUUGAAAAGCACUUGAGCGCAUGGCAUGAAGAGAGCCCAGAUGAAGAAAGCUCACAGAGAUCCAUACUAGUCGACCUUGUGCUUGUGUUUCUCUUGCACAAGGCAAUUCCUGCAGACAGGCUGCACACGGCCCUGGGACAAGACGUUUUCCAAAUACUGCUUGAUCAUCAUGUCUUGUGCAAGACACAAGAAGCUGAUGAAGCUGCAAAUGUUGAGUCCAUGAAGCAUCAAAAUGUCUUGGCAAGUGUUGCCUUGUGGCCAGUGGGGAUGGAUCUUGUUCUCGCCACAGACUUUGAAUCUACAUGUUUCUCAGAUUCUACAGAGCCUGCAAUGUACUUGUCCCAAGACUCCCUUGCUUUAAUGACUGCCGCCCCUCGAAGACCAGUUCACAGGUUGCUUGAUUUGUGCUGCGGCUGUGGAAUCCAAGGGCUAAUGGCUUUGCACAGUUAUGCUGAAGCUGCUGUUUUUGUGGAUGUUAAUCCACGGUGCCUCAGUUUUGCGGCAUUUAAUUUGUCUCUAAACGGACUGCGAGACAAAUGCGAAUGCCUUUUGCAAAAGGACAUUCGUCACGACAGUAUGCCCCCCCUUGGGACUUUCGAUGCAAUUUUAGCAAAUCCGCCCUUUAUGCCAAAUCCACAAAAUAUAGCUACUGGCGCGAGCCUGUUGUUUGGCAACGGUGGCGAUGAUGGCGAAGACGUGUUCUCUGUUGCUGUUUCCUUUGCAAGUAAACAUAUGCGAUCGCGUGGGCACUUUGUUGCCGUGUCCAAGACUCCAAACAUUGAUGAUUUUCCGCAGCGGCUGCGCUCAUGGUGGACAGGAACUUGCAAAGGAUCAGCACAAGUAUUCCGUGGACCCCCCGUUGGCGCACAAGAAUACAUGCCAACAGCAAUCAGCAGCGGAGUAGAGCCCAUCCGAUACCAGCAAGCCCUACGAGAACAGGGAAUUUACAGUUUGUCUCAAAUUCUCCUUUUUAUCAGACUUGGAAAAGGGGGCAAGAAUUCAGAAAACCAAGAUGAUUCAACUGUUUUGGACAUCUCUGUGUCUCGAAAUGUUCACAAAGCCUUUUGGCUAAACGUGGAGGCGCUGCGAGAAAUUAGAACAGAGCUGGAAAAGUCAAGGUCCACCUCUCAAAGCGUGAUGCAUGAUGAUGCACGCAAAUGUUGAG